GAGAUAGGCUUGAGAUUGGAGAACCGUCUAUAAAUUUAGAUUUUAAACUUUAUGUUAUAAAGAUAUGUUUUCAGAAAAAUAGUUUAAUAAAUAUUUGAACAUUUUUCCUAAAAACUGAUUAUCACAAUUUAAAUAAAAAAUAAUGCUAUUAAUGAAUAUUACUUUGUAACUCUUAAUAAAGAAAUGUUUGUUGUUUUCCACUUAAUAUGACUCAUUACAGAUCAAUAUGCACAAAGUUCGACGUUGGAAAGGCAACUGUUUAUUAAGGGUUGUGAAAGCAUUAUAUAAAUUGCGAAAUGUAUUUAUAUAUUGGCCAACAAGGAAGAAAGCUGAACAUACCUGGACAAAAAUGGAACAACAAUACCAGUUUCCAGGAAUAAUAGGUGCAGUAGAGGGCACACUCGUAAAAAUAACUGCGCCUAAAGUACAUCCUGAAGCAUAUAUAUGCAGGAAAAAUUAUCAUGCAGUACAGCUACAAGUUGUAUGCGAUGCAGAACUGCGAUUCAUUCACUGUUACGCGGGGCAACCAGGAUCGGUUCAUGAUAUGCGAACCUUUAUGUAUUCCGGAUUGCAACAAAAAUGUAAUGAACAUUUUUUUCCGGAAGACAGCCACUUACUCGGGGAUGCAGCAUACACGAUACAACGACAUAUAAUGGUGCCGUAUAGAGAUAAUCACCUGACAGCGGCCGAAAAUCGUUUCAACAAGAAAUUGUCGUCUGCGCGAAUGGUCGUAGAACGGUCUAUUGGACUGUUGAAAGGACGAUGGCGUUGUUUAUUGGACAAACUUCCAAUGACACGAACAGAUUUAAUACCGCGCUAUAUUAUCGCAUGUUGCGUUUUACACAAUAUUUGUUUAUUGAGACGCGAUGAAAUAGAAAUACCAAUAUUAAUAGGAGAUCCUCGAAAUAAUAUGAUUAUAGAAUUACAUCCACUUGACGUAAAUGUCGAAGAUCGCAAUGGAGGGGUCUUAAAACUGAGAAUUUAA